CAUUGUGCGUUAGUGUGUGGUAGCGUUGUGUUGUGUCGCAAACCGUAAGGUCCGCCGCGGCCCUAGUGACCGAGAGAGCGUUGCGCGUGUACUGUUCAGUAGCGUGUCGCCCGCGGUAUUCGGCCAUUGUCGGUUCACGCUCAUGAAUGCGAGUGCAGUGUCGGCAAAAUGCGGUGGCGGGCGCGCGCGGCGCCUUCCCGCGCCAAAGAACGCGCGAACAUCAGCUUCUUCAUCUUCAUUAUGUUCUUCGCUGUGUUUGGUGUAAUUGUGUUGACUGAGUUGUUGUUACUCGAACGACCUACGCCAGGCUCUACGAGAUCGCGGUAUAAUGAAGAUCUUCAGGGUUGGGAAGGAAGAACAGAAACUGGUGGCGAAGGUGCGGAGCCACCGCCACCGGCGCAUGCGCCGUUGGACGCAGUCUGGCAGCCAGUAGCUGGCACUCGAUUUAGAUUCUACGUGUACUCUGCUUACGUGGAGCGACGCACCGUGGCCGCAGUGCGCGUUAUCGCAGCGACAAAAACGCGCGGUGCGGACGCUGUCAUGUGCCGUUUGUGGUUGUCAGAUAACCGCACUGUCACUCUUAAGGCUAGAGUCAAGCCAAUUCGUGAAAAUUGGAACCUAAGAUACAGUGCUACGUAUGUGUUAUGCUUGUUGCGUGACUCAGGGAUUAAGCCCCAAGAAACAGUCGGCGCUUCAUUGUCGUUAGUGGCCAGUACAGCUCCAAACAGACCGCCAACUAACCUGCUGACUGUGAGAGACACAGAGCCGAAAAGCGGCAUUGAGGAAACUCUACAUGUUUGCGUCAAGCCAUUCCAUUUCUCGUACUCGAGGGACGAAUGGCUGGUGGAAUGGUUCGAACUGAACCGUCUCCUGGGUGUCAGUCAUUUCUACAUGUACAAUGAGUCGCUGAGUGCACAGGUGGCCUGCCUAUUGGACCACUAUCGCAAAAAAGGUCUUGUGACUUUGUUACCUUGGAAGCUACCCAUUGUGUCAAAAGUGGAAAUUAGGACAGAGGGACAAUUCGCAGCGUUUAACGAUUGUCUGUACCGGUCCAUGUCGACGGCGGGUUGGCUUCUCGUCAUAGAUGUAGAUGAGGUCAUAUUGCCGCGGCGUGAGAGAACAUUACCAGCGCUGCUGACGGCUCUAAGAGCUGCGUACAACCCGCCCUCAAAGGCGCCUUCCGCGUUUUUGUUUAGAAACGCCUUCUUUUACCUUCGAUGGGAGGACGAUGCCGAAGCUCCAGCGCCACUGGUAACAGCGCGCAAGACUCGUCGCUGGGCCGCGCCGCACGCGCUGAAGAACCGCAGCAAGUACGCUCUGCGGCCGCGGGACGCCGUCGAGCUGGGGAACCACUUCGUGUGGGAGCUGGCGCCCGGGGCCAGCUCCGUGGGCGUUCCCACCGACAGGGCGCUGCUACACCACUAUAGGAUUGCUUGCGAGUACGGUGGUGUACAAUGUCUAACAGUACCGUCGACGGUGGACCGAACGGCUCACCGAUGGUCGGACGAGUUGAUACAACGUGUGUCUUCGGAGAAGGAACAGGUAGCGAAGACGUGUCCCGCCUAAACGAUAUCAGCCAAAACCGUUAUUCAACAAUAUAGGUAAAUCAUUAUCUCAUUAGAAAAAAUUGUUUUGUAAUUAUUUUUUUUCUUAAUUAAUUCAAUAAGGUUAAACGUGCUACACACUUAUGUCGAGCACGUUAGAUUUGGCAGUAUUUGUCGAACAACAAACCUACCAGAAAUAAUCACAACACUGGAGACCGUUCGGCAUACCUUCGCAGAAUUGGCUUGUGGGGGCCGGCUGUGUGGUUACACCGAGCGGUCUUCUCGCUCCUGAAUAUAUAUAUUCCAUUUAAUUGCCCGGGUUUAACGAUUAAUGUCCGCUUAUGUGUGUAACACGCUUUAAACGCGACCAAACCAAGUAGACGACUGGCAAAUGCACGUCACAAGUUUUGAAUACGAACUGCGAAAAAUAAAAUUAUAGCGGGUAAUAAAAAUUUAAUAACGGAAUUAUAAAUAUCAAACUUCAGCAGAAUAAAUAAAAAAUUGUUAUAAAACCGUUACCUGAGGCGGUAAGUGGGGGGUGGCUCGCGUUAGACAGGAGUUUAUACGUUCCAUGCUUUCGUCAAGUUGUCUUAGUUGAGUAGUAAUUGUAAAUUCAUACGGCCCUAUAAAAGAUAUGUAGAGGGUGUUUAGUUCAACGAUGCUGUUUCAUUUUUUUUCAUACGUCAAAUCAAUGACGACGGAAAGAGACAAAACAAUGUUUAACUAAACACCCGCUUAACCUUUCUUAAGUAAGGCCAUUAUUCAAUUUGAUGAUAUUUUACUAAGGAUGAUAUUACUUGAGUUAAUUGAAGUCCAUUCCACGAAACGAACUCCCAAAGAAAUUCGCCCGUGUGCGCUCAUUGGUUAAUACCAAUGAGAUACGUAUAUUUUGUCACUUAUGAUUCGUUCGACUCAUGGAAUGGACUGGAUAUGAUUUGCAGUACUGAGUAUUAAUCACAUAAUUGAAGUACAAUAAACUGUCUGUUAUAUAAUGUUAAUCCUUCCUUAUACGUUCGUUUAAUAAUGCUAAAAGUCCAAACUGUGAAAAUUUGCUGUAUAAAACUACGGUGGAUUGUUAAAUACAAUGUUAAUGAAUAAUAAUAAUUAAAAUAGUUUAUCAAAUGAAUGUACAAAGUCUUGGUCAUAAAUAACGACAAAUGUUUUUUGCUUAUUUUUUGUUCAAAUAUGAUUUUCUUAAUUUCCUUUUACGGGAAUUGAUUUUAUGUUUUUAGGACAGGGUAGGGUGGGGUCGUUUUAUAUCCAGUUUUUAUAUUUUUGAUUUUUUCGCUUACAAGUAUUGUUCUAUACGUUUUAGUAGCAUGUUUUCAUGGAGCGAUUAAUGUUGCCAUUACAUUUGUUAUGCAAAGUAAUACAAAAAUAUUUAUCAAAUAUUGGUUAUAUUCUCUGACCAAAAAAUAUAAUAAUCUCAUGCAUUUAUUUAUAUUAUUAAGAGUAUUAGGAAUCGACAUGGCCCAGUGACUAUAGCCGUGGUAUGCAAAACUAACUGAGCUUUCAUGUUCUUAAUCUUGUGUUUGCAGAGGUGACCGAAUAUAACCCAGCGAUGGGUUAUUUCUGUCUGUUUAUUUCCUACAAAUAUUUACAGAUAUUUUUGUAUCCAUGCCAUAUUACAAGUUCGCUAUUUUACGGGUGAAUAAAUUACAGUUAAUAUUUUAAUUAUUUAUACAUAUAAGUCUAAAUACAUAUAUACAUAUUCUUUAUUCGCAACUGUAUCACCCUUUUAAUAACUAGUUGGCUUUUUGUGACUAUCAAAUAUGGCCGAAUAUAUUUCUUGGUCCGAGAAUAGAAAAUAUAUAUCUUCGAAAUAUGGCCUCUUCAAUAGACCCAUUGCCCCAAAUACAUACCAUACUAUUAGAGGACCACUGAUUUUAAUUCCAUUCUAAAUCAAAUUCAUGUAACAUCUUUCCUAUUGAAAUACGUAUUGCGACUAUUUUUUAGUAAUAAUUAAAUUAAGUACAUAAGGUUUAAUAUAAAAUUUUGUCGUUAAAAUGUUAUAUUAAAAUAGAUUGCUCAAUAAAUUGUCACUAUCAGUAUUAUUUCGAUUCUUUGUCGAUUCAACAAUAAAAUUUAAACGUAUUAAAUUUUAAAUAAAGUUAGGUAUAAUAAAAAUAUGAUACCGUUAUUGUUUUAUGUAAUCUGUAAAUUGUACAAAAUAAAGUCGCUUUCUGUUACUGUCUGUAUCUCCGCUUUUUGAUUCUAAACCGAUUUUAUUCGUUUUUAAUGAGCGAUAAACGAGGAAGGCUUGUAUAUAUAAUUUUAUAAAUAUUUUCUUCAAAAUGACUCAACUAACAAUAAAAUAAAUUGACCUAGAACCAGUGAAAAUUAUCCAAAUUGAAUUUAUAAGGCGUGGAUUGGUUGAUCUAAGUUUCUCAGUAAAAAUUAUUAUUCAUGUUUGUCAUUAUUGACAUACGUUAAAUGAAUAAACGUUUUAAAUAUAUCUAUGCAAAGCGCACUUUCCAUUUUCUUUAUUAAUAAAUUUCAGCCUUGCGAAACCAAGACGGGUUGCUAGUUUAAUAUAUAAUGUUGCCAUGACAAAAAGAGCUUAUUUUUAUUUGAAACAAUAUAUUUUUUUAUAUACCUAAUGUAAAUGUCAAAUAAUUUUGUUGAUUUUUGUUGAAUCGACGUUGCAAUAAUAAAAAUAACAUAUAUUGAAUUAAAAGUUGAAUGCAUCGUUUAUAAAUAUACUGGCCAAAUAAAUUGUUUCGGCAAUGCGGCCUCUGAGGAUAAUAAAUUAAUGUUAUAAGUAGUUUACAUAAAUGUGGUAUGAAGCACAAUAAUUUGUGGUCUUUGUAUAUAAACUUAUGUGUUUAUGUUAUAUAUUGUAAAUAAUAUAACUAUAAUUAUAAAAAUAGCAUAAUAUUUAAAAAUUGCAGUUUAACCAUAAUAUUGUACCUUAUCAACUUUUGUGAAAAUUAUUUUUAUAUUUAUUCUAGAAAACAUUGAAGAUUAAUCCUUCUUUUUAAAGCCACAGGAUAGUGUUUAUUUAAUAAAUUUGAAGUAGGUUUGUUUAUUAAGCAAGACACAAAUAUCUAUGAUAAUAAAAAUGAGCCAAAUGGAUAUAGAUGUGUUGUCAUUU